AGGUCGUUUCAGGCAGGUAGAGGUGCUGACAGCCAUGGCCAACGCCUUCUACUCCCUCUACUCACACGUGUCCCGCACACCCCUCCAGAAACUCGCCCCUCCCGAGUUCAGCUUCUCCCCCACCGCUGAAGGGCAGAUCGGACGGCGCUUCAUGGGAAGCGUCCGCAGCGAACCGAGGUCUCCAGUGGAACGACUCAAGGACACGGUUUCUAAGAUGUGCCUGUAUACUGGCUCUGGGGGUUCCGCCCGGCUGGGCUCGGACUCUGCCUGCCCCAGACCAGGACUCUCCCCAGGGCCUGGGUCUGGGUCGGCCCCCAAGAAGAGAAGCAGCCUGCCUGACUUGGUGGGUCUGGUCCUGGAGAACACCAAGGCAGAGGCUUUAUCCAGAGACAUGGAGGAUAAUCAGGAUACAGGGGACAGUAAUGAGACGAGUGCUGCUGUGGACACGAUGGUGAAGGAUAGAGAGACAGAGACACAGGGACACAUAGACAGGGAGGGGGAGCAGGGGUUGUUUUCAGAUGUACAGGAUAUGGACACUGGGGAUAGUAAUAAGGCAUGUGCUGUGGGCACACGUAUGUUCAGGGACAGAGAGACAGAGACACCGGGACAUAGAGACACAGUCAGGGACAAGGAGUUGGAGCAGGGAUCGCCAUCAGAUAGGGAUGGAGUUGAUUUAGAGAGAGAGCAACAUCCUGACACAACACCCAACCUUGGGGCAUCAUCACUUUCAGAAUCAGGUCAUCAAAGAGAGCCCAGUAGUAGGAAGAAGCUGGACUUUGGCCUUACUACUCCAAGACCUACUUGUAAAGUUGGAGAAACUCAAAACACGAUUCAUCCCACAGGCUGGGCAACGGUAGUGGCACCGGUCGCCAAGGUUACCCACGACAUCACCCGUCCUCAGAUCGUUGAGUGUGUUCACCAGGCUCCGUACAGCAGUCGACUACAACAGUGGAAUAMUAACACACAGGCGGCGGACACKUUGUYAUCUGUCGUCUCCUCUGAGAACGUCAGAAGAUCUGACCGAUCCUUCACCACAUCAGACGGACUACACCAACCCAGGGAGGAGGAAUGCUUAACCGCCAGUAACUCAGCCAAGAGUUUAGAGGUCACGGUAACUCCCAUGUCUAAGGUUGAAUCCAGCUUGGGAGAAACUGGAACACCGGUGGUGUCAACGUUCGUGCCUAUAGAGCUCCUUAGUCGCAGGAAGUCCCCUUGUCUCAUCACUGUUACUGAUGUGACACCUUCUAGUUCUUUAGACACAGAUGCACCUGAGAUGAUUCUCCCUCCCAGUGGUGGGACCACAGUGGUGCCUCCAGCAGCUCAGUGUUAUCCAGGUGUAUGGAGGAACAAGAGGUACCUGAGUCCUCUGAAACCACCACCACUCCAGGGGCAGCUCUCCCACACUAUUCAACAGGCCAACUCCUUUGAGCUGGAGGAGGUACAUAGCGCAGGGGAGGAAGACUUUGGACAGCAAGAAACUAUAAGGUCAACAUCUUUGUCACGGUCUACUGUCAAUCAAAACAAAGGUCUGGUGGUUCGAGGGGACAGCAUGCAAUCAGACAGUAGUGGCUACGCCGAUGAAGACGUCUACUCCCCUGAGAGACAAGAGCUGACGGACAGACCCUCAGGGAAAUAGACUCCGGGAACUAUUUAUUUGUAUGAGUCACACAAACAUAUUCAGCCACUGAAGAUACAUUCAACAGAUACGGAUUGUUCAUGAAGUAUGAAAAGGUUUGUUAUUGUUAAUGACAUCAUGAACACACCCACUGGCGUGACGUCGUCCGAGUACACAGUUGUCUUCCAUCGGUUAACGCAUUGCCCCGGAGGUAUAUUUAACACAGAUCAAGUUGCCUAACCUGAUGCGCAGGCAUUGCAUCAACCAACGGUUGUGUGCCAGACAAUGUGGUUAGCUGACAUGUUAAAUACUUAUCCAGGCGUUGUAAGAUCUGGCAUGAGUCUUCAGUGUAGUCGGACAGGAACUCAACCCUUUGGUUUGAUUGUGUAGACUGUCCUAUGUCCAGUGUUACUGUCGACA